AAGAGGUGGAGGGACGGGGCGGCGGAGGAAGGGGGUUUACCCGGGGUGGUCUCGGUGGUGGCUGGGGGCGGCAGCCUCAAAAAUACACCGCAACCACACCGCGCGGCUCCACCGCAGAAGCCGCCAUCUUCCACCGCCGAACCGAAACGAGACCGCGCGAGUUAAACACCCUAUCCUACCCCGUACAAGUUGCCGCUGCCACCCGCCGAGGUAUCGCCAGGUGAACAACUACCUUCGUCAUUCUUGCCAGCAGUUCGAGAAACGUUAUCAAGACAACUUACGAAGAUCUCACUUCGUCUCUGCUUUCUCCACUGGAUCCAUUCGACACUAGUUACCGCUCUCUACCUUUUUUUUUUUUCAAUCGGAUGAUCUUGGAUACUCGUUACGGAACAAAUCCUACCGAUCUAACGUUCGAAUCAAUCGAACGAGACAAUUAUUCGUCGAUCGAGAACAAGUGAUUUCGUUCAGUGUCCUGUGUCGCAAAGCGAGUUUGAACCAAGUGGGAUAUUCGAAUCGUCGAGUUUGAACGAUUUUGUUUCUUUUUUUUUUUUAUAAACGAUUCAUUAAGAUUUUUAAUGAAACGUGAUUAACGUUCAUGAUCCUUGAGAAGUUCUGAAAGGGAAGUAGUUUGACGGAUUCAAACGGACUGAUUCAAUUCGACACACGUGACUACUGUUUCGUGCGAACUCUAGAACGCGGGUGAAUUUAAGCGUAGUAGAGAUCCUUCCUUCCUUCCUUCCUUCCACUACGAGAUCUUCUCGAUCCGUGGGUUUCUGUGCGAUCUGACAACGUGAAGAGAGUUAAGAGUAGCAUCGAACAGUUUCUCGAGUGUGUUCUCUCUCUUCUCUAUCGAAGAAGGGAAGACGACAUAGCAUUGUAUUAAAUGUCAUUCGACGUGAAUACAGACAAGUAAAAGAAAAAGAAAAAAUAUACAAGCUGAAGUAAGAAGUUCGAAGAUACGAAUAAAGAAAGAAAAAGAAGUAAAAGGGAAGGAGAGAGAGAGGAGGGUGGUACUUCCUGUCGAUUCCAAUAAAACGAAUUUUCUCCGCGACUUGGCAAUCGAGACGGGAGGAAGAAUUUGCAAACGGAUGCUCCUCUCCUAAAGCGGGAUAAUGAAAUAAGGAUCAAAGGAUCGUGGGGUUCGUAGGCCAAAUAAGCACAUCGUGAACCAUUCUCUAUGGCAUUCGUUUUCGAAGCCAACAACAAAUCUGAUUCCUUCGGGAGUAGCUAUCGUUCUUAAUGCGUUCUUCUUGAUCCACGAGUUACCAUCAGUUUGAUUAUAAGAAUCGUGUUUUUAUGAAUAGAUCCUACAAAUCGAUAAGAAUUCGAUCUUCCUGUGUGAUCUCGUCAGUUGUAAUAAAAUAAAAGAAAAAAAAAAAUAAGAGAGAGGACGAGUUUAUUUAAUAAAAAUUUAGAAAAAGCUUGAUGAUCCUGCUCUCAUGACGAAUCCUUCGCGAGAUGUCGUCCGUCCCGAAGAUCGGCCUCCUGGCCUAGAUUAUACCGAUCCUAGGUCGGUACGCGGUGAUCAUCAAGGACAUCAAGCAAUUCCAGCCAAUCAAAUCGGGGGUGCAAGAAUACGUAGGACUAGGGCCUCUUCCUCGAGGAGAAGAAUGCACCUAGCUAACGAUGUACCUCCUCAAGGUUCUACUAGCGGUAAUCAUCAUUCCGAUUAUGCACUCACAGCUGAUUUACUUGCUGAAAGGACGUUGGAUGGUUUACUUGCUGAACAUCCUGGAGAACUCGUGCGAACGGGUUGUCCACACGUGGUUUGUACGGUUCUUCCGUCGCAUUGGAGAUCAAACAAGACUCUCCCGGUAGCUUUCAAAGUGGUGGCACUUGGUGAGGUCGGUGACGGUACCUUGGUCACCGUUCGGGCGGGCAACGAUGAAAACUGUUGCGCGGAGUUACGGAAUUCAACCGCAUUGAUGAAGAAUCAAGUCGCUAAAUUCAAUGAUCUUAGAUUCGUCGGUAGAAGUGGCAGAGGAAAGAGCUUUACCCUGACCAUUAUGUUGCAAACAACGCCACCUCAGAUAGCCACCUUAUCGAAAGCGAUCAAGGUCACCGUGGAUGGUCCCAGAGAGCCAAGGUCCAAGACAAGGCACCAAGCUUUUCAUCCGUUUCAUUUCGGACCUCGACCGUUCCCAUUCGGACACCCGCAGGAUCCGUUGGGAUUCAAACUGUCCGGUUUGCAACAUUUAAAUCUGGAACAAGGAACUAAUCAAGGAUGGGGUGGAUUAUCCCGAGGAUCUUUACCACCGCAUUGUCUUCCGCCACCACCCGGUCAUCACGCGCACGCACAUCCGCCGCCGGCCGGUGGCUCGGCCUUCAAUCCCUUUCAUCAUGCUAUCGAACAGAGGUCUCCUAGACUGCCUAGUUCCAACACCGAUUCGACGAGAAACGAUUUGGGUCCUAUCAGUGUUUCGGUGAGAGAAGUACCACCGACAACUUCCCCAGGAAAUCCCGGACCAGGAUUAUUAACGACAGCUACCGUAGCUGCACCGACACCACCGGCCGAAUCGGCGACCACUACGACCCCAAGUCCCUCGGGACAUCACCCGCAUUUCCAAGGUCUUCAUCUAUUAGGAGCAACGGGAUCGAUCUUUGGCUCGAUAUUCGCUCCACUGUUACCUCAAUCCUCAUGGCUUUACAACCCGCUUUAUCACACACAACAGUACAUCCUGGAACCUGAAUGGCACGCUCUAGCCCUCAGAAUGGCCCAACAACGAUUACAGAGACCUGAUCAGGCCAGGCUGGAGGAACUUAGAAAAUUACGAGGUACCAGCGAUAGUCCCGAAGGUAGCUCGAAAGAAGACAGGAAAACGGAUCAAGAGGAUCCAGAUCCUUUGAACAGAUCCGGCAUGGAUAGUCCUGAUGGAAGUAUAGAGGUUGACGAUAGAAACGAUCAAGAUCGUAAAAGGGAUCGCGUUAGCGAGGAAUCCUUUCUGGAACAGGACUCGCCUAGGAUUUCACCAAGCAGAAGCGAUCUCGAUGAUACGACAUCGAGAGAUGCAAGUUCUCGGGACGUGCCGAUACUACUUCGACCAAGUAUAGAAAAUUUCAACGAUACAGAAAGUCAAAACGAUCAUGAAAUAUCUCUUAGCAACGAUUACACGGUGAAAAUUCGUUUGGAAGGUACCGUUGAUCUUAGCACAAAAAAGGGACAGGAUAAAGAAAACGUAGGUCAGGAUUUGACCAUUAGGAAGAAGGAUGAUAAUAUCGAACCUAUCAGACCGCGCAGGGAACGAAGUCCCAAGCCCAGACACGUCUGGAGACCUUAUUAAAUGGGUUCCAAUCUAAAAUCGAUACGUUUAAGAUAACGAUUGAUAUGAUUGGAAUCGAAGAAGGAAGAGAUAAAUGAUUUUUCGAAUGGAUAGGAAAAUGUAAGCAUUGUCGAUUACGCGACGAUUGCUGUUUUUAAAUGUAACAUUUAAAUGCGCGCCCGAAAUUGACGCACUCUCUUUCAAAUAUUUUAAAUAUUAAUUAUAAGUUAAUGUAAAUAAUAUCAACCUCUUUACCUGCGAUCGAGAAUCAACAAUCAAAAAGAUAAAAAUUUAGGAAACACAUUAAGACUUUAUCGUGGAGAUCACUUUGAUGACUCGAGGACUAACCAGGGUUUUAUGUUCGUAAUAGCAUGUAAAUACUAUAUGUAACGUCCAAUCAUCAUUACCGAUUUAGAUUAGAUUUUCGAGUCAAACUCAUUAAGCCUCAUCCUAUCUCUCGUUGUUCUAAUUACGAUCGAUCGUUCUUGCUGGACAAUUUCGAGUCGAACUAAUUUUAUUCAAUAAUCGACAAAAACGAGAAAAUGACUUUUCAACGAUAUUUGUCCAGUUAGAUACGACUAUUAUUAUUAUUAUUAUUAUUACUAUUAUUAUUAUUAUUAUUAUUAUUAUUAUUAUCAUCAUUAUUAUUAUUAUUGUUAUUUUACAAUAAAUCGUUCACGCAUCAUCAUUGUCAUUAGGCUAGAAGAAGAAGAUUAUAAAUUCAUUUGAAAGAAAUAAGGCGACGAAUUUGAUUUCAUUCGAUAUGGGCGAUACUAUCGCGAAUAUUCGUGUGUCGUUGUAAAUAUUAAAUAAUCCUUUGAAAAAAAGAAAAAAAAACAAUUUCAACGAUGAAUAAAAUAAAAUCGAAUCACCGUGUCUCACAAAGUAAAAAAGUUCCCCUUUAUUUUUACGGGAAAAUCUCUAUCGAUGUGUUAAAAUGAUUAUAAACGAAAGGAAAAAAAAAAGAAAAGAAAAGAAGGAUAGACCGAUUAAUUCUAAUCUCUCUCUUUAAAAGAAACACUUGCGUCGGUCAAGGAAUAUGUCAUUAAAUCGACAUCGUAUGAUCUCGAAAAACAAAAAGAACAUUCGCUGUUUACCUACGUCAUCAAAUAAAGUAAUAUCAUCCGUUCCA